GAAGCCACUAACCCAAAUUCCAUCCAAACCAAAAAUCGUUUCUUUUCAUUUAUUUUAUUUGAUAUUUUUUUUCGCGUGUUUUGAUUGCGCCCAAAAAUGCCGCAAGUGAUUCUCUCGUUACUUUUGCUGGGCGCUUGCGCACUCGCUGCGCCCACGCAGCACCAAAAGCAGCAGUCGCCAUCGUUGUCGCAGUCGCCGUCGCAGCGCGCCACCGAUCUCGUCUAUACACCGAUCACGUCUGUAACGGAUGCUACUCGCUACACGUCCAAAAAUCCAGGAGUGGAGCUACUCGCCCUAAACAAGGUGAAGCAUGCCAAGGGCAAUAUUGUGUUCAGUGCCGGCGAGCGAAUAACGGGCGAUAAGCUGUUGGUCAACAGCUAUGAUGACGAGAGCUUCACCACCACCGUGGAUAUUGAGGUAGAGAUGACAUAUUCAUCGAGCAGCGGUACAGGCGUUACCUUGACCAGCAUUGAGAUCUAUGUGGACACAUCGGCGGAUGAUGCUGAUGCCUAUUUUAUUAAUGGCGGCAUUGGCAAGAGCAAGGCAUCCAUAUUGCUGGCCUGCAAUCAGACGCGCACAUUCUCGUAUGAGGCCUUCUUCUAUGGUUACUAGACUAAAGAGACCUAAUUUGAGAGCAAAUAAAACAACA